GAUUCGCUUAUUAUCGAUAGUAGUUGCUAUCGGUAUGCGGUCACACUCAAAAUUUCAGUUAAAUUUGAAUAUUUUAGCGGGAAACCAAGUAAAGAUAGUUAUUUGUAACACUUGUUUUGAAAUUAACAAAUGAAAUGUGAAAUGUUGUUUAUGUAGCAGAAAGUUUUCUGAAAAGGUUUUUAUCUCAAUGCAAUUUGCAAGGUCCUGCAAUUUCUUGUAUUAUUGCUUGUGCUUCAUUAUUUUUAAACGAAUGUUGUUUGUUUUGUUAGUAAACUGGCAGUUGAAAUUGGUAAUCAAUGCUAUUCUUCAACUGCUGCAAAUCAUAGAUCUUUGAUACGUUGUAUCUUCUAAAACUUCGCUACGAAUAUAUUUUACGCUAAGGAAAUUGCAAUUUUUCGCAUUAAUAUGCGGAUUUAUAUAUGGUAUUCAGAUAUACGUAUAUUAAACAGCAAACAGUUCGUUGUACUAGAUCAUAUUAGCAGUUCGAAUAAAUUAAACCUUAAUCGGGCUAAAAAAUUAAGCGAAUAUAGAUUUAUAGAAAUUAAUUAAGGCGAUGAAGGACUGCAUCGAAAUUUUCGAUGGGGAGUUUGAGGUCCUGCGUGUGACUCCACCGAUUUAUGAUGAAGUUGAAGAGUUGCUUGUGAACAUUUCGAUCAAUUAUGAGUUCGGAUGUGUGAUCGCAAAACUGAAAGACUCUCCAUUGGCCAUUGCCGAGCUACGUAAUCUUAUAAGACACAUCAUAUCCCGAGGAAUAUCAUUCGCUAUACGACACGUGGAAAGUGGCAGAAUUGUGGCUGCAAUCGCUAAUAUCAUAUUUAAUACAAAGAGGAAAACUUUAUACUACGACAUUUGCGACCAGAUCAGGAGUCCAAACAUGAUUAAGUAUAUGGAACUUUGGGAUGCUAUCGAUGCGAGCUUUGAUGUCAACGAGCACUGCCAGGUGGACAGCACGGGAGAUGUGGAAUACAUGGCCACUUUGCCGGAGUUCAGACGACGUGGCCUGGGCCACAUCCUAUGCCAGCACUCCAUCCAGUUCGCAAGUCUCUUGGCCCAGCGGAAGCUGCCGCUCGAGACACUCGCCCAGCUGCCUGAGGAGAUGCGGAUUGAAAGACCGCAGGCCAUUGUCGCCAUAACUACAUCCCAAUCCUCGCAAAUAAUGGGCAGACAAUUGGGAAUGAAAACUGUGCAUAAGUGGCACUUUUCCGAGCUGAUGUCCUUGUGCGGAGCAAUGGCGGAGUCCAAUGGCACAGCACAGGCCUGUGAAUAUGCAGAACUGCAAGUAGUAAAGAUUUGAUGGAAACCUAAAGCGCAAUCUGACUAGAUUCAUAGAUUACUUAGUAAAAAAAAGAUAGUCACGCAAGAGUUCUUUAAAAACGGCAUUUACUUUUUAUAAAUACAAAAAAAGUUUAAACCUCAUUCUUAUAUUAUUGGAAAUUAAACUAAAAUCCAGCGAAA